UGAAAACCUAUAAGUGUAUUUGGACAGUUUAAAGGUGUAAAACAUGUAACACUUUGCAAAAGAAACAAGAAGGCUACAUAAAGAGCUACCGGGAAUGGAUUACACUAUUUUUGACGAAAUUUACUGAAGCAGAAGUAUUUCUUCCACGCCUACUGUAUGGUAUCCACGGACAUGGAGAAGGUGUACUACCAGUAAAGGACUGCGGGUGGCAGCAGUUCGCCAUUGUCGCGUCAAGACUCUCACACAAGAAGAAGAAGAAAGGGGACGAGACAAAAAUGGCGACCUCCCUGCUCCUCUGUCGAAGGCUACGGACACUUAAGUUGGAGAACUGGGGCAUCUUAAAGAGCUGCACUGGUGCUUUUUGCACCACUCAGACCGGAGAGCCCAUAAAGACUGCAAAAAAGACACCACAUGGUCCAGAUGAGAGACGAACCCUACUAGCAUACAAGACAGAAGUUGCCUUCCCAGUUAGGGUUUCAAACCACGCAGUUGUUCCAACACAGCCUCUAGAAGCUGCACCUGUGCCACCUGCUGAGCCCGAAGAGGCUUUUGACAACAGCACUUACAAGAAUAACCAACACCACAACUACAAUCCCUUCACCUUUGCAGACUUGGAUGUGGAGAUGGCCAAGUUUCGUCUCCCUCAACCGUCUUCUGGUAGAAAGUCACCCCAACACUAGAAACGCUCAGAUGGCUACAAACCCAUGAAUAGAUAAAGAUCAUUGUGUAAGCCUACUACCACAUGACUCUUCUAUCUCCACAUGACUCUUCUAUCUGUUAAAUAUAAUAUCAACACAUAAAAAAUAAAAUGCCGGAUGAAGUCUUGUCAUGAA